AGCUACCAAUGACAUAAAAAUUUCCAUCUUAAACAAUAUAACCUACCCAGCUCAAUACCUCGACACUAGAAGAUCAUGAACAACAGCUAGGGAAGAAGAGAAAGAAAAGCAGGAAUCAAGCUCGCGAUGAGCACCACCCCCACACCAAACCCGACAAAAUGCUCUACGACCUAAACAUUCCGUGGUCCCCCACAACCACCCCCUCGGACCUCGAGCGCACACUACGCUUCAGCGCACAACUGGGCUACAACGUCGUCGCAUUAAACCACACCCUCGACGCGCCCUUACCAGGGAACAUCCAAAACCCUCUUCCGAAAUUCCCUCCUCCCUCCACCGCCAACAACCCACAACCUUCAUCUUCAUCUCAACAACGACAGACCUCUUCAACGCAACGCACACCAACAAUCCUCCACCGCCUAACCCUCUCCUUCACCGACCCCUCACAAAACCAACAACUCCCACGCGCAGCGCAAUCCUACGACCUAAUCGCCGUGCGCCCGACAACCGAAAAAGCAUUCCAAGCCGCGUGCUUAACGGUCAGCGCAACCGAUGUAUCCCUCAUAUCCCUGGAUCUAAGCACGCGGUUACCGUUUUACCUCCGGCCAAAGCCGUGUAUGGCGGCCAUAGCCCGGGGUUUGCGGUUUGAAAUCUGCUACGGCUCUGUUCUAGGAGGGGGGGACGCUCGCGCUCGCGCGAAUCUAGCGGGGAAUGUGGCGCAGCUUGUGCGCGCUACGCGUGGACGGGGGUUGGUGGUUAGUAGUGAAGCGGCGGGAGCGCUUGCGUUGAGGGCGCCGGCGGAUGUGGUUAAUCUUCUGGCGGUUUGGGGGUUGGCUACGGAACGGGGGAUGGAGGCGCUUGGGACGAAUCCAAGGGGGGUGGUUGUUAAUGAGGGGAUUAAGAGGAGUGGGUUUAGGGGUGUUGUGGAUAUUGUUGGGGUUGCGGAAAGGUCGGAGGGAGAGAAGGGGGAGGGGAAGGAUAGUAAGAAGAGGAAGAAUGAUUCGGGUACCGUGGAAGGAGGAGGUGGUAACGGCGGUGGUGAUGGUAAUAAAGGAGAGGAAGCCCCGAUUAGUAAGAGACAGGCGAAGAAGCUUAAGGCUGCGUUGAGGAAAAAGGAGGUCGGGGAGAAAGUGAAUAAGGCCUAGGGAUAGGCGUGAAGCAAAAGUUAUUAGCGUCGUUAAGACUUGCAUAUAAUGAUGGCGUUCGGGAUAAUAGGCUGGGUUGGUCAUCUGAAGAUACCCUGAUAAUAGAAAUGUUCUCUAUCACAUACAAUUUCGCUGUCCUUCCUUGCAUUGAAGAUCUAUGUUCACGCAAAUACAAUUUAAUCAAGGCCAGCUC